GAUUCCCUUCUUCUGGGUUAAAAGGACAACUUUAUAACUCUUUUAAUGAUCCCUUUUUUGGCUUUGAGAGACAAUGCUGGUCAUAUUUUCACAAGGGACUAAGUCCAGGGGCUCCUAUUUGGGAUUUUGCAGAGGUUCAGGGUCAGAGGUAUAGUACUGUAACCCUAUUAUGCUCCUAAUUCUGGUUCCAUGAUUCUGACCUACCCCUGUUCUUCCAUAGCCCUGGUCAUUUACUUGUAGGUCAUAUUUGUGACCUUGUGCCAGAAAAAUUAUCUAUUGUUCUUACUACUUAUUUGGGAUUGCUACAAUCUAGGACACUUUUGAAAUUUUUGUUUUUAGGGAAUGGUUUUCAGGGAACUAAGCUAUAUUGUUUCUUUCUUCUAGAGUGUACUUUUUUUUUAAACGCAACGUAACUUAAAUUUGCACAAAUUGAGAUAACUGGCAAAUAGAGCUUGAUACUUUUUUCUUCCCAUUUACUUUCUGGAAGCAAUUGUAUGCUUUACCUAUGAGCUACACCACUUUUUCUUAGUUUAAGUGAUACCUCUUGAGAACAAAUGAGAUAUUUUUGUAGGUACAUUAGUUUUUACAACUGGGAGAGACCUUGAAGCUGAUAUCUUCAGUAGGCAGCUGACUAGGAGCCGGGAAGGUGUCACAUCUCCCCUCUCCAGCUCCGAAGGCUCUGGGUGAGUGGUAAGGAGAGAAGGAGGAAGACUUGGAGUGUGGAGAAGCAGCAGCAGACUCUUCGGUCUUCUUUGGACGGGUUCGUUACCCUACAGACACAACAAUGGCUGAAAGCUUAGAGAACAGAUUCAGCUAUCUCAGCUGGGAUCAAGUUAAAAUACUAGAUGAUGUGCUAAAUGAAGCAAUACCGAUUCAUGGAAGAGGAAAUUUCCCAACACUGGAUGUGAAGACAAAGGAUUUCAUCCUUGUGGUACAAAAUGAGCUCCAGAAAAAAUCAAUUGUCAUCAAAGAUAUCCGUCUGAAUGGCUCAACAGCUAGCCACAUCCUCGCAAGGCAGUGUGGAACCACUUACAAAGAUAUCGACAUCAUUUUUCGUAUCGCGUAUCUAGGCGAGCAUGAAUUUCACGUUGUCAAGGAAGUUGUUCUGAAUUGCCUGCAAGAUUUCCUACCAAAAGGCGUCAGUAAAGAAAAGCUCACAGUCCAGAUCAUGAAAGAUGCUUAUGUUGAGAAGAUGGUGAAAGUUUCCACUGAACAUGAUCGCUGGAGUCUCAUUUCUCUGUCAAACAACACUGGGAAGAAUAUGGAAUUCAAGUUUGUUUAUUCACUCAGACGUCAAUUUGAAUUUAGCGUCGAUUCCUUUCAGAUAAUCCUGAGCAACCUUCUGGAUGUCUACAGAGAUGCUGAUUAUGUGUUGACCGAAGAAUCCUCCCCUGUGAUUGUGGCCGAAAGCAUGUAUGGAGACUUCGAAGAAGCACUGGAUCAUCUGCUCCGCAAGCUCAUUUCCACCAAAAAUCCUGAAGAAAUUAGAGGUGGAGGCCUUCUCAAGUACAGCAACCUACUCGUCCGUGACUUCAAGCCAGUAUGUGAGACCGAAAUCAAAACUCUGGAACGUUACAUGUGUUCCAGAUUCUUCAUCGAUUUUCCUGAUGUUGCAGAUCAACAAAAGAAGAUCGAGUCCUACCUGCAUAACCAUUUCAUAGGCGAAGAUAACAGCAAGUAUGACUACCUGAUGACCUUGCGUGGUGUUGUCAACGAAAGCACCGUCUGCCUCAUGGGACACGAAAGAAGACAGACCCUGAAUAUGAUCACCAUCAUGGCUCUGAAAGUGCUCGGAGAACAAAACAUCAUUCCCAACACAGCCAACGUGACCUGCUAUUACCAGCCUGCUCCCUAUGUUACCGAUACAAAUUUCAACAAUUACUACAUGGCUCAUGGACAUCCAUUCAUCUAUCAGUCAUACCCACUGCAUAUUCAAAUGCAGGGUGGUUUGGGUUAAGUGAGAUUAGAGCAGAGAAUCAGCUGAAAUAAAGACUUCCUGAAAGCAAGUUUUCAAAUCCCAUUGAUUUCAGGAUCUUUUUUUUUUCAGCUUACCAGUUAUUUCCUAUCAGUCCCAGUUUAUACCAUUCAUCAUCCAUAAAGACAGCCAAGAAUAAAGAAACCAAAUUACAAAACAAAAAAACUGUGACUUUACCAUUUAUAAUGACUUUUGAAUGUUCCUAAGAAAAGAAUCAGAAGUAUUUUCAUCUCUGAUGGAAAAGAAGAAAAGACUAGUUCCCAAAUACAGAUGUGCAGUGAUGCCAGGUGCCACGAAGUUUCCUAAAUAAACACUACCAGAACCACGUGUAUCACUUCAACCUUUCAUUUACCACGUCAAGAAAAUGUUCAAGUAUUUGACAAAUAGAACUACCUAAUUUCAGAGAUCCCAGAUUCAGAAGAUAUUAAGAUGAUAGCUGCAGCAAGCAUGGAUCUUCUUUGAAUCAAAUAUACGGUCAAACACAAAAAUGUUACCUUACAUAGUCCAAAAGUUCUUUUUUUGAGAAAUCAGGCUGUUCAUCAUUAUCUUACAAAUGAGAUUUCUGUUUAUCAUUGAGUUGACAAAAUUCUUUUGCGAGUCUAUGUGGCUGGAAAGAUAAAAAAAUCAUCUGCACAAAAGAUAUGAUGAGUACUUGUGCAGGUGAUUUGGGUUUCCUCACUCAAUGAAAAAUGACAAAUUCCACAUGCAGAAGCGUUCUGUAAAUAAUUGUCCAACUAAAGCAUAAGCUAAGUGGCAAAAAGGGAAUGAGACCAGACAGGGUUAUGGCAUUUUGAAAAUUUUCAUAGUGGCAUUUAGUUUCCUUAGAGAUAGAGAUGUGUAUGGGUUAGGAGCAGAUGGCCUCAUGAACAGGCAGUGAAGUAUUUUCAGUUUCUUUUUUGUCUUUACCAAAGAUCAGUUUCCCACAUGCCACUUGAGCCACCUCCCUGUGUCAGUUUACCCUUGAACGCUGAAAUUUAUUCUGCAAGUAAACCUGCUAAAGGAUGGAUUCUCUGAUGAUCAGAUAUGUCUUUUGCAAAUCCGCCUAUGAGAUAUAACGUUUUUUGUUUUUUGUUUUUUUUUCCUCCUCUUCACAUACUUAAUUCACCUGUGAACAACAUUCUGUCUGGGGAAAGAUGCAGAGAAGUUGAAGGAUAUGUAUCCUCCAGGGUGAACGUAUGUAACACUGGUGGAAGACUUCAAGAUUUUUUUUUUGGUUUCUGAUUUGCAUUCUGAGUUCUCCAUUUUACAUUGUGUUAUACAGUUAAACUCAUUAUGCUGCUGCUUUUUUUUUUUUUUUUACAAAUCUUAUAUUCAUUUUUAAACUAUUAAGUAUUUCAAUAAGGUUUUGUUUUCUAUUAGUACCAGACCCAAAAGUACACAGAUCUGUAAUUUUCAACUACACAAUAUUUUUGAGAUCUAACAUUUUUCAUACCAUCACACAAUUAACACACGUCAGGAGGACCCGAGUUCAAAUCUGGCCUCAGACACUUAACACUUCCUAGCUGUGUGACCCUGGGCAAGUCACUUAACCCUGAUUGCCUCAGUCGGGUGGGGGGGGGAGAUGUUAUCUGCAAGUAGCACUUCACUUUGAACCCUAGCUAUUUGAAAGUAUUUGAGUAUACCUAACUGUCAAGAAUCUAUCUGUUUCUUAAUGCGAAUUUCUUAUAGCCUACAAAGAAGAAUCCCCAAGAUCUUCUGCUGAAGAUGUUGUCACUGGGACCUCGAUUACUCCUGGCAAAUUAACUUCUCUAUGAGACUUUGAUGGCAGCAAUGUGCUUUUCCAUUGGAGGACAAAAUUUACUGACAUUUCCAUAGUUUCUGUCAAGUGGAAACCCUCACCCGAAACAAAGAAGGUACUAAUGGAGAGACAGUCUUUAAAUGGGGAUUAUGAAUGGUCUUGGUUUUUUUUUCAGGUUUCUGCCCAACCAUCUGCCUAAAAUGUUAUAUGUUGAACAUUAGAAUCUCCUACUGCAUAAGCAAUUCAUACAGAGUAAACUAGUGCUUUGGGAAGCCUUAUUAUUUCAGAUCAGUGAGAAAUUAGUUGGGACAUUUCUCACUCAGACAGUUGAAUAGUGACUUUCAGAUCUCCUGCAGGAGUACCGAUUCUAGACUGUGGCUCAAUAUUGGACAGAAUUCAUUCCAUCAUGGGAAAUGGGAUUUCCCAACCCAUGACCAUCUUUGCAUGUAUUCUAGGCUGAAGCUUACUAUGUUAGAUUGACUUGUCAGAAAACCCAUCUGAAAGAACAUCUUGGUUUAGUACUAGAAUUUCACCUGAUGAAACAAUGUUAGUAACCCAUGAACAUAGGGUUCUUGGUACCAGGAUGUUUUUAUAUUUUAUGACUUUCAAACCUAUCGUCAUCUGGAAGAGUUGUAUGUGUGUGUGUGUGUGUGUCCGAGGUGGGGUGGAAUUUAUUACUUGUAUGUAAAAGCCUUUCCUUAACUAAUAUGUUAACUGUCCAUAGCGGAGAAAAUUGGGAUAAAAAAAGAUUUAAGUUUUUUGGUUAAGAAGUAACCUGAGUUCAUUUUAAAACAUGGAACAAGAGCUAGAGCAGGUGGGCAGCAUUGCUCUCAAAUGCUCUCUGACAAAAAAAAAUCUUAUGUGAGUUUGGUGACUUGAGGAAAGGGACUAACUAGAAUUUAUCCUGAUACACUACUUACCACAAUUUAAUUCAUGAUACAUAUCAAAACCACACACUCACAUACAAGCACACAGGGAAGGACAAGAUAUAAAACGUAUGAAGUCAUUUUUUGUCAAGGAGUUGUUCUGUUCAGUGUAGUAUUUCAUGGGUCUAUUAAGUGUUAGAAACAAAGAAAAACACCCUGUGUUUGUAUGUACUUUGAAGGAGCAUCAAGUAAUAUAGGUGAGCUAUCGUGAAUGCUCUUCUUCAUUUCCACAGGGAUUAAAUAAGUCCUAUGACCCACAUACAGCCAAAACUCUAAGGCAAUGAUUUCUACUAUAAAAAUAAGACUUCAAAAAGCAAUGAUAAUUCAUGGAGUAAGCCCUACCUGUUUCCUCCAGAUCUCUUUUACGUUGGAGUUAUUUUAUCUCAAUGACAGCAAAAGCCCUUUAAAUAUGAGAUUGUGAAAAAUCAUAACUCUUUUGAUGGUCAGAUUUCAUUCUUUUUAAAUGCCUAAGUCCAUCUUUAUCCACUAUCCUUAGUGCCUAAGUCCAUCUUUAUCCAGUGUGAAAAACAUGAUCAUCUUUUGGGUAAAUAAUACGGAUAACCAAAACAGAAGCUGAGCCUGAGAAGUUUUUUGAUUUUUUGAAACCUAAAAGCAUGUCUUUAAUUUAGUACAUCAUAGCCAUGAAAGUCAACACAUAUUUACUGAGUUGAUGAGAAUACCUCUAAAGAAAUUUCCAAAUCUUUAAGAUAAUCUUUAUAUUUCCUCCUUUUUGACACUUAUUUGCCCUAAGACUGAACAGUCAUAAUUUUUACUUCUCAUAGCAUGAGGAACUCUUACCUUUCCUACUACCUGCCAACAUUAAUGAUUCCACUCCCCGAGUGGAGAAAUUCCAUUUAUUCCCACUCAGUGUCUUUAAAAAAUUAAAAGAAAUCUAUAUCAAGCUUAAUGCUUAGCCUACUAACCAUCAAUCCUUGCCUAGGGCCAAGCAGGAUUUUGAUUACAAGCAGGGCAGUCUGAUUCAAUGAAGGAGAUUUCCACACAGUUAUAGGUGGAGAAUCCAGUUUUAAGAGGGGUCAGAUUGUUCAGAAUUUCCCUUGUUGGACAGUAGCCUUAACAAUUCACACACUCUAAUUCCGAAGAUGAACGUGUACUUUUCAAUCUGAAUAAAGCAGUAAUUCUAGGCAUUUUAAAGGAGGAAAAUCUCUUAAUUUGAAUGCUCAAUCAAAAGAUGCCAGAGUUGAGAUUGGUGUGAAAUUGCACUUUGAGGGGAAGGGGUUGAAAGAGUUAAUGGGCUGGCAUCUUAAGCAAAUUUCAGAAAAUUAUUUUUUAAAUGAUCAAAACAUUUUUAAAAACCAAAUUUAGUUUAGAAUUAAAAUUGUGAUGUAUACGUCAAAAUUCACAAAAUAUUUUUGCAAAAAUCUUUCCCACAGAAUGAAACUAUUUUUAAAACGAAUAUACCUUUACAAAUAACAGUAGUCCAUUUGGGGGCUAAUUUGGGUUCAACAUAUUUCAAAAGGAGAGCCUUCAGAUUGCCCAUAUUCUGUCAUUGCUUAAAUUUGCUCUGCCUCAGCCUGCUAAAACCGGGGAGGAGCUAUACUUGUUUGCUGGCCACAUUUUCAGGCUUGACUUGCACGUAGUUGAUACAGCUUGGUAUGCCAGUUGACAGAUGACUAACACUACAGCUAAAAGUGACACAGAGAGCUCAGAAUUGUUAAAAAAAAUUAAUAAAUAAAUAAUAAAAUAAAAAAAAAAUUUGCUGCUCCUCUUUAAAAAAAUGUCAAGUGCAUCCGAUAAAACACGCUUGCUUUUUGCCUGUGAUGGGAUGCCAAAGUGAAGUGAAACAAAGUUUGAAUUGGCUCUGGACAGCCCAGCCUGUUUGUGGGAGGGCAUCCUAGUACCUGGAAGUUUCAGCUUCAUCUAGAUAAGACAAAGUGACCCAAUUCAAUCUGAAUAUCUGUUUCCGAUUUAGGACAGCUGCCCUGUGUGGUUGCAGCCUUAAUUGUUUUUGUGAUUGAGACACCACAUUAUUUCUCUUUCAUGUCGUGUCAAAAGGCUAAACGUUAAAGAGAUACAACUACAUAAAAUAUGCUAAGAAAAGAGAACAAAAUUUAAACAGGUUGGACAUCUUUUGAUGCAAAAGGGGCAGAGAUUUAGUCCCUGUAGCUGAAACAGUCCAUCCACACAUCAUACAUUAAUAAAGAUGGAUCACAAAGAUACUAUACAAGUGACCAGCGCUGCUCCUCGUGGUCUAUUUAGUCUUAGACACCAAAGGGUCUAGCAACAUAAAGAAGUGAGAUGAUUAAGGUCGUUUAACCUUAAAGAAAAUACAGGAAGCAGGAGUUACAAUUACUGCGUGAGGAAUAGUUUAUAUGGAAUAAAAAGGGAUAGAAACAUCAGUUACCCAGAAAUCUCAGUGAAUUUGCUGAUGACCUGUGAUUUUCUGUAUUGUUCCAUCAGGAAGACCUGUGUUUUCACAUGAUAUACAACAGUUGGUGAGAGCAGUGCAUUCAUAUAGUUUUAAGAGCAGUGCAUUCAUAUAGUUUUAAGAGCAGUGCAUUCAUAUAGUUUAAAAACAAUGCAUUCAUAUAGCUUUAUAAGGGUUUUUCGGUGUCUUUAUCCUGUAGUUUAUUUUGCCAAAUUUUUCAUUUUUACUACAAUCAUUUUGAAAUGUUUUCAAGUGUUUGCCAUGAUUCUUUAAGUGAAAGAAAGUUGUGUGGAUAUCCCAGAGAGAGCUUCUGUGAGGUGAUUAUGAAAUGUUUAGAAUCUGAUGGCUAAGAUAUUUAGUUAUUUUUAUUUUACUCUUUAUGAUAAUCAAAAUUUGAAUGGUCCUUUUACUAUUUUCUGAUUAUUGUAUCUCAGUAGAAAUUGCAUGUUCUGUUUUGGGAAGUAUUAUUUCAUUGUUGACAGAAGUUGUAAUACAAAAACUGUCAUUUUUGUGGUGAAAAAAAUCACCCCAAUUUAAAAAAAGCACCUAAUUUCUACCAUUGUAAGCAUAUUCUUAUCUAAUAGCACUUACCCCUUGUUUGGUUAGAUGUGUUUUAUGCUUUUCUGUGAAUUGUGUUGAGACUCUGUUAUUAGAUUAAAAUGAGUUCUGAAAUAAAAGCACUGUGAAACAUGCA